UAUUUCCGCUUUCAUUUUCGAAAAGCUCGUCAUCUAAAAAUAUUUUUUUCUAAUUUAGUCUUAUUAUGUCAUUUUUUACCUGGAAGAAUCUGUCAUCAUUAUGAAGGUUAAGCUGCUGUAUGCAUUAACUUAUAUUUUCAUUUUCUUGACAACUUGUCACGCCAUAGAACCUAUCUCUGGUGUCGCUACAGUUGCAGCUGGAGUUUCAGCUGUUUUUUUGGCUAGCUUUAGAGCAAUUAAGUGUCAGUUUAAAGAGUGCUGUACAAAGAGAUGGAUAAAUUUAAAUGCUACAGAACUAUCCACCAGUCUUAAAAAUCAAGUUUAUGGACAACAUCUGGUUAUAAAAGCUGUAGUACGUCACAUCAAGGCCCAUUUAUCAAACAAUGAUCCUUCCAAAGCUCUAGCUCUGUCAUUCCAUGGAGGAACAGGUACAGGGAAGAAUUAUGUCAGCAAAAUUAUCGCUGAUCAUUUAUACAAGGAGGGAAUGAAGAGUGGAUUUGUUCAUAUGAUUGCUUCAACUAAAGAAUUUCCACAUGCUGAUAUGGUUCCUCUUUAUAAGGAUAAGCUGAGAGAACUUAUAGAGACUAGUGUCACUAACUGUGAGAGAUCUAUGUUUAUAUUUGAUGAGAUAGAUAAGAUGCCACCAGGACUGAUCGAUACUAUAAAACCAUACCUGGAUUAUUAUGAUAAUCUUAGUGGUAUAAACUAUAGAAAAGCUAUCUUCAUUUUUUUAAGUAAUACAGCAGGAACAGAGAUACUACAGCAAACAUUAAAUUUCUGGCAUGAAGGGAAAGACAGAGAUUCAAUAGAACUGAAGGAUAUGGAAAAGUUAGUCACAACCGCAGCUGUUAAUACAAAAACAAGUGGUUUUUAUCACAGUGAUGUACUACUACGCCACAUGAUUACUGCCUAUAUUCCGUUUCUACCAUUAGAGAGAAGGCAUGUCCGUCAGUGUAUUAAAGACUAUUUACUGCUUAAGAAAUAUUACACUAAUUAUGGAGAUAUUAAAGACGAUAAAGUGCGAGAGAUUGCAGAACAAUUACAGUAUUUUCCUGAGGAAGAACAACUUUUUUCUACAACAGGAUGUAAAAGAGUGCCAGAAAAGACUGGUUAUGUUAUGGAAGAGGACUGAUUAACAUGAUUAACACAAAAACUGGUUGUGCAUAAUAAUCCAAUUGUUGAUAUAUACUAGAUAAUAGGUUUAUCAUGUUUAUGUCACUAUGUAUAAGUGCUAAAAUUUUGUGUGUUUGAAACUAUAACCAUAAUAACAAGAAACAUAGGGCAGUGAUAUCAUGGGUAUUGUUCAAUUUUUUAAGUUUGUUUUUGAUCUGGCAGCAAAUGAGAGGCAUACUUCUUCUGUCAUCAUGAUGAUGGGUUUUUUUCUUUUGCUGGAUAAUAGACCAGAAAAAGUAAAAUCAUUAAAUGAAAAUAGCACUUUAUAUAUUUUGUGCGUUUGGAGCAUUUUUCUUGAAUUAACUUUAUCAGGAAAGCCCAAAUCUUACAUUUGAAAUCCAAGGUAAUAUACAUGUAGUAACUUAUGAUGUUUUAUGACCAAAAAGAAUCUAGAUUAAAGCAACUUUGGCUGAGGUAGUUGGAACUUAGUUUCUAAAUAGUUUCUUAUUAUAUCCUAUAAAUGAUUAUGAGUGUCAGUAAAUAAAUAUACAGCUAAUAGGAAUUUGUAUAUUUCCAACUGCCUAUCAUACUAGUCUAUUAUGUUUGAUAAAAUUCAAUUAAGAAAAUAAGUCUUUUCUUCUCCAUCAGUCUCUCUCCCUUUAUCUACUUAAACAAUGUAAAAAGAUUGAAGCAAUGAGGUGUAUUAUUAUUUAGUUCAGUUGUACAAGGUGAUCAAACAAAUAUAAUCAGUUAUCAUUUAAUGAGAUUGAUAGUAGAAUUAAGGGGGAUUCAAGCAGUUUUCAUUAUCACAGAAUUAGUCAUCCUUAAUUUCAUGUCAAGAUACUUUUACUUAUUUUUUAUGCAUUGUGUGUUUGGUGCAUUUUGUUUUAACUCCUUAAUAACUUACUUAAGGGGUAAUUAUGUUAACAUAUUGCUAUCAAAUGCAAAUUUCCCUUCAUCACUUCAUCAUGUUCAUAGUACGAUAUCCUUCCAGCAUGUCCAGUGUUUUUUUAAUCCAAGUUUAUUAAAAAAAAAAAACAGCUAUCAAUAAAACAAGCUUUUAACAGAAUAAAAAACUUCAAAAUAUUAAAAUAACAAUAUAUAAUAACCGCAUUGCUCUUAUGCACAAAAUGUAAAUAUUAUCAAAUGACAUUAUUUUUUCGUAUUAAAUAAAUUAUAUGUUGUGAUAGGCAUGAGAGAACACAGACAUAGUACUUGAGUUUGAAUUUCGCGUGUUUAGCUUUUGUUGAAAAUGUUUGCUAGAAAAUAUUCUGAUCAUGAAUGCGUUUUUAAAAUUUAUAAGGGCAUACAGUCACAUGUAUGCCUCUCUACAGCUCUGAUGGAUUGUUAGUCAUGCCCGUUGUUUCACUAAACAAUUCAAAAUUUGGUGACUAUGUGGAACGCAUCUAUCCCAUCGAAUUGGAGAUAAAGGAUACUACAGAGACAGUUAAGUCAGCUUCAUAUCUUGACUUACAUCUAGAAAUUGACAAUGAGGGUCGGUUGAAGACAAAAUUUACGACAAAAGAGAUGAUUUCAGCUUUCCAAUUGUGAACUUUCCAUUUUUAAGUAGCAACAUUCCAGCAGCACCUGCAUACGGGGUAUAUAUCUCUCAAUUGAUACGAUAUUCCCGUGCUUGCAUUUCCUAUCAUGAUUUUCUUGAUCAAGGGUUACUGCUCACAAGGAAGCUAUUAAAUCAAGAGUUCCAAAUGGUGAAGUUGAAAUCAUCCCUUCGUAAAUUUUACGGACGCCAUCACGAGUUGGUUGACUGUUAUGGAAUAACUAUUCCACAAAUGAUAUCGGAUAUGUUCCUUACGUCGUAACUACAAUCCCCUUCCCUUUCAUGAAUUUGACCUACCGAAUUAGACUAUUUACUGGAUUUGUAAUCACAUAAGCAACACGACGGGUGACGCAUGUGGAGCAGGAUCUGCUUACCCUUCUGGAGCACCAGAGAUCACCCCUAGUUUUUGGUGGGGUUCGUGUUGUUUAUUCUUUAGUUUUCUAUGUUGUGUCAUGUGUACUAUUGUUUUUCUGUUUGUCUUUUUCAUUUUUAGCCAUGGCGUUGUCAGUUUGUUUUAGAUUAAUGAGUUUGACUGUCCCUUUGGUAUCUUUCGUCCCUCUUUUAGUUUUACUUUAAAUUUUGUAAAAUAUUUAAUAGAAAAUCAUAAAUGGAAAUUAAUUUUCAGAUGUAUUUAUGAAAAAAUAAAUGACAUGUCCACUGAGUCUUGAGUGAAGUAGACCAUCUAAAAUAAAGGCCAAUCUAUGCCCAAUCUCACCAAAGAUGAAUAUGUAUGACAAAUUUGACUAGAGCUUAAGUGUACAAAUAUUGUAUCAUUGUAUUAUAUUUUAAAUGUGUAUUAAGUUGUGUAUACUGAUUAUCUGUGCUAUGAUCUCAUUGAUGUGUAUUUCUACCAUUUUAUUUUCAUGCUGAUUUUAUGUUUGAUUUGGUUAAUAUAUAAUUAUAUACUUGUAUAAUAGUAGGAUUGCACUUAAAUUUCUGUUGUAAAGGUUAUCUUCUUAAGUUAUUGAGGUACAAUAUUAAAAAAAAAAGUGUUUCUGUCAAAAAUUAUUAAUAAAAUAUACAUAUUAUAAAUUGAUAGUACCUGAAUAACGAAAGAAAUUUUUAAAACUCAGGUUCGAACUUCAUUGGCAAAGUUAAGAUGUAUUUGUCUAUUCUGUUUUAUGUCUUUUUCAUGUUUUUUAAGACAUAUAACUCCUUAUUUUCAACUUGUUUAUGCAUCCCUGGCUUUCAAAAUGUUAAGGUUGAAAUGAAAUGAAGUUAAAUCCAAACAAGUGCUGUAUAUUCACAAAAUGAAACCAAAGCAUUAAGAGCAAAUCUAGAAGGGAGAAAUUGUUUAUCUGGUCAAGACCUAUGUGUCCUGAAAUUUUUAGACAUAUAUGACAACCUGUUGUUUGGUUUCUGACCCUGAAUUGGUAAUUUUAAGGAUAUUUUGCAGUUUUCAGUUAUUUUUAUGAAUUGAAUAUCAUUAUAGAUAGAGAUAAAAUGUACACAGCACUAAUGCUCAAUAGAGUAAGAUCAACAAAUAAGUCAACAUGGCCAAAAUGGUCAAUUGACCUCUCAAGCAGUUUUAAUUGUCCUUUAUAGUAAUUUUUUGUAAAUUUUUGUAAUCUUGCAAACAUGUUCUCCUUAAUUAUAACUGAGACAAACUUGUCCACAAAUAAGCAUUAGGGUAUUUAGUUUUUUAAACAUGUAUCUGCUAACCCUGCUUGUCAACCAACAUGGCUAAAAUAGAAAAUAGGGGAAAAAAGUACUUGUAUCUCUGAAACUUAAGCAGAGUAUAAAGGUUGCAUUAUUUCAUGCAUUUAUUUUAUAAAAAAAAAAAUGGCAUGUGAGCGACACAGGCUUCUUGGACUACUAUAGAACUUUUUGUCCAAAUUUGGGAAAGUAAUUACUUUGUUUUGAUAUAGGUUUGACUUUUUUAUGUUAUAUUAUUUGUGAUAAUUUGCUGUAAGAAAGACAUUGCAAUUAAAGACUUCUAUUGCUUAGU